ACAGUCCCACGCACUUCUCCCCACAACAGUUCAUCUCUAUUUACAUGUUCAGUUCCUCUGUUCUCCACAAUGUUGAAGAUGUUCUGUUUCUUUCACAUCCUCUUCCUCUGCUUUCUGGGUCUUACUGGUGCAGGUCAAGAAUCCUUUGAGUACCUUAACCUUCAUGACACUACUCAGGAGGCCCUUCAAGCAUCACCUCAUGGUGGUCUUCCUGUGGCAGUUCCGGUGAGUGUACAUGACCUCGGUGAGGUCUCAACCAGCAUUUUGAAGGCGGAGAGUUGGCUGAGAAACCAUGUUCUGGGUCACUUUCCGUCUACCAAAAUCACCACCAUUCUUGUGGGGGAAAGUGCCCUGCUCUGCCAAAACGACCAAGAACACAACUUGGGUCUUGUUUUAUCGUCUUUGAAGAACGUUUAUCACUCUCUUAAGAGAUGGGGUUUGGAGAAAGACAUCAAAAUCACUGCUGCUUUGAGUUCACACUGUUUAAGGGAUGAUUUGGGUGAGAAAAUCAUUAGACCCCUGUUGGAAUUCCUGGGAGCUACAAACUCUUCUUACUCCGUUCGUCUUCCUCCACAUCUUUCUUCUUCAACCGAAGAAACUUCGAGUUUUCUGGUUUCCCACCGAGAUUUCAUGAGAAAGUUUGGAUCUUUUGAGUUUGAGAAGAUCAAUGUGAUAGUCUCUAGUCGAGAUGAGAAAAGAAGGUUGAGUAGGAAGCUCUUUGUCAUGGAAUCCAAGGUUAUAGACCCAUACCCAGCAAGGCCAACCCCAUUACCCGAAAUCUCUCCUUCCUCCCUUCAUUCCUCCAUUGGGUUCUCCGUGCCAGCCAAUGUAGCCCAAACCCCUCAUCCCUCACACCAUCACACCACUUCACCACCUCCCCUUUCCCUCCCUGUUUCUUCCCCACCGCCACUGUCCUUCCCCACGGCACCAGGGCUGCCUCCGGGCUUUGUACCAGCAAGUCCACCUUUUGGGUUUUCUUUGCCACCUUGUAAUCCAGUUAAUAGCAUGCCCCCGGCCCCGGAGAUGGGGAUGGUGCAGAAGCUGUGGUGUGUGGCUAAGCCUAGUGUCCCUGAAGAGACUCUACAAGAAGCAAUGGACUAUGCCUGUGGUGAGGGUGGUGCCGAUUGUGCAGAGAUUAUGCCAAAUGGGAACUGUUUUUACCCUGAUACCAUUGUUGCUCAUGCGUCUUAUGCUUUCAAUAGCUAUUGGCAGAACACCAAGAGAAAUGGAGGAACUUGCAGCUUUGGAGGCACUGCUAUGAUCAUCAAUGCUGACCCAAGUUUUUUGCACUGUCGGUUUGUGCUCAGCUGAAGGUACUGAAGUGAAUCAAUGAAAUUGAAAAUGGGUUGCCUUUUCUCCGCUGGAAAGUAGGAUUUGUGGGCUCUCAUUGCGAUUUGAAUUUGCCAGCUUUCACUUUUAUCCCAGUGAAUCAGUGACUACUUUUGAAGUAAAUCAAUGUAGUGGUAGAUUGCAUAUUUGCAUUUAGGAAUUAGGAUUGGAAACUUCCCCACGGCUACUGUAGUGAUGAACAUGUAUUCUAUAAGAGAAAAGGGGGAAUGGCUUUUGCCUUGUAUGCAGAGAUACAUAUCAAACUCCUUUUGCUUUAGUUCAGUAGCUUUUGCUCUUCCUUCAUCUCUUUGCUAGUAUUUAUUUUAAUUUUGAACCGGAUUUCACAAAGAAUUAUUUCUGUUUAUCUCUAUCUACGCUCAUUUCAAUGGAACAAAUUGUAAACCAAGGAGAAGAGUUUUUCUUGAAGCUUCUGAAUCCACGAUGCCUAGAAUAAAAGUUCUCAGCCCCA